UUCCUUAUUGAGUCAUUCUUGUAUUCUCCUCUCCUACAACAUUCUCAAUCAUGAAUAUGCUUAGAGAGGAGGAGCCCUUAAGCCAUAACCAGAAGAACUACUUUUAUAAAAAUACUGUGUCCUCAUCAGAGUACUCAUUUCCAUAUAAAUUCUCUUCACCACAGCCACAUACUGAGGUUGAUCGGUCUCCACCAUCCCCGGACCUUACCGUAGUAAAGAAGCUUAAUCACAAUGCCAGUGAACGUGAUCGUCGCAAGAAGAUCAAUCGCUUGAUUACUUCACUUGGUUCACUUCUUCCGGUGGCAGAUCAAACGAAAAAAAUGAGCAUUCCGGACACAAUUUCGCGAGUCCUAAAAUACAUACCUCAGUUACAACACGAGGUGGAAGGACUAACUAAGAAAAAAGAGGAGCUUCUAUCGAAGAUUUCCAAGCAAGGAGAUGCAGUGAAGAAACAAUCUCAAAGGAAGAUUUCCCAACUAAAUUCUGUUUUUGUAGUUUCAGCAACCAGGCUCAACGAUAACGAGGCUGCUAUUCAGAUUUCAUCUUACGAAGUUUACAAGACUCCACUAUCUGAGAUCUUGCUGUUUUUAGAGAAUAAUGGGUUUUUUCUGCUAAAUGUUUCUUCCUAUGAAACCUAUGGAGGGAGGGUCUUCUAUAACUUGCAUUUACAGGUGAAAAAAACUCAUAGGUUAGAGUCUGAGAAUAUUCUGACUAAGCAAUAG